GAACUCUCAGACGACUCCGAGUCUGAGGCAGACCGCCGGCGGUGUGCGUCGAUGGGGAUGGGCUUGGUGGGGGAACCGUUGCCGUUGGUGAAAGACAUUGUUGUGACUGGGGGAAGAGCGAGAGACAGCGAGAGGAGCACGAGCGGAUGAGGGGGAGAUGGUGGAAGUGAGUCUCAUGACUAUGCUCGGUUCGCCCUUAUGAGGACUCCUGUACAAGCUCCGACCAAAUAGACGAGGACGGAUGUUGCCCGCGCGCAGUCUCCACCCUCUCCAAUUCCCCAACCUAAUCCGGCCCUGCUCCUACCUACUCCGCCCCUUCCACCCUCGCCGUUUCACACCGCCCUCACCACCGGCAAUCUCCAGCAAGCUACAGUCAUUCUGGCCGAAUCUGCCGCUGCUGCCACAGCCACCCGUCCACUCCCAGAGUCUCGCAGUUCGCCGCGCGCCCAUGGUCGCACGGUACGACAUACGACGCGGUCCAGUCCAGGCGAGAAUGCGACGGCUGAGACUUGAGGAGAGCUCGAGCGAGCGCGACCAGAAUGGCCCCUUGACCCCGCACUGCGCCUGCUUCCCGAAGCCCAUGCCGCCCUGCCGCGCCUUCCUCCUGGUCACGAGUCCGCCGACUUCGCGCCAAAACAGGCGAGACUGCUCCCGCAGAGCGGUUACAAGCCAGACCAUGGUUGAAUUAUAGCAGCCACCGACGUUUUUGACUGUGCACUAUUAGUCUCCGUAGCUGACCAAAAAGAGAUACUCUCGUUUUUGGUCUGCAGCGAGACGCGCCGUCCAUAUAGGGCCUGCGGUUUAGACUUAUAAGGCAACUAGUGACUUCAC